AUGUCGAAGUGGAGCUGCCCAUUUGUUUUAAUCAUCAUGAAAUUUCUAUUCAUGAAGGUGGAUGAAGUUGUUUACCUGGUGGAUGCCUAUGACAAGGAGAGAUUCGCAGAAUCGAAAAAAGAGUUGGAUGCUCUCCUCUCCGACGAGGCCUUGGCCAAUGUUCCAUUCCUUGUUCUGGGCAACAAGAUCGAUAUCCUAUAUGCUGCCUCAGAAGAUGAGCUGCGUUACCACCUGGGUCUAACAAACUUCAUCACAGGCAAGGGAAAGGUAAACCUAGCUGACUCAAAUGUCUGUCCCCUCGAGGUAUUCAUGUGCAGCAUCGUCCACAAAAUGGGUUAUGGAGAUGGCUUCAAGUGGCUCUCCCAGUACAUCAAGUAGAGCACAACAGGAUGUAAGAUUUGGUUCAUCUUAAACUUUAUUACUAAACCAAAGCUGGACAUGUGUCUAUUUGAAAUCACUAUUGCAAAUAUUUCACUUGUUUUACAUGUUUUUUUUUUCUUUUGUUGGUGGUGAAUGACAGACAUGCUCUCCAUGCCCACAAUGAAAUUUUCAGAUUUAUUGUCUGAUGUUAAUAGAGAGUUGGAGAGGGAGUUGUUUGUUG